ACGAGCAGGGGGAGCCGCGAAACCCUCGUGUUAACCACACACCCACGCGCGGGCUCCCCCCUCAGGUGGUCAGCGCGCUUUCGCCGUCUCCUCUCUCCUCCUGCUUUGUUGUGCUCGCCGCCUGAGCCUCGGGCAGGGGGCGGAAGGAAAGGCGGCCGCGUCUCCUCCUCCUCCUCGUCUACGCUAGCCCAGCUCAUGGCGACGCUGGGCACAUCCGGGCUUUUCUUCUUUCGGCGGCCGCCGCCGCCGCUGCUACUCUUGCUCUGAGCCGCCGCCGCCGCCGCGUCCUCCUGCCCGUCUCCAUUCGUGGGUUCCUUCCCCGCUUCUCUCCCUGCCCACUGCCUCCCUCCCCCUCCCCCUGGCAGGGAGGGCCCCGGGGAAGGAGGCAGCGCCGCCGAGCUCUCGGAGUCUCCUCCACGGUGUCAUGUCCAACCCAGGGGCCCGGAGGAACGGGCCCGUCAAGCUGCGACUGACAGUUCUGUGUGCAAAAAAUUUGGUGAAAAAGGAUUUUUUCCGGCUUCCUGAUCCAUUUGCUAAAGUGGUGGUUGACGGAUCUGGCCAGUGCCAUUCUACAGAUACUGUGAAGAAUACCCUUGAUCCAAAGUGGAAUCAACAUUAUGAUUUAUAUAUUGGGAAGUCGGACUCAAUAACUAUCAGUGUAUGGAACCACAAGAAAAUCCAUAAAAAGCAGGGAGCUGGUUUUCUGGGUUGUGUGAGACUUCUUUCCAAUGCUAUCAACCGCCUUAAAGACACUGGUUAUCAGAGGUUGGAUCUGUGCAAACUUGGGCCAAAUGACAAUGAUACUGUUAGAGGACAGAUAGUAGGAGCAGCUGUAACAUGGGCCAUAGGUAUGUUUGCAAGGCCUGUGAUGUUGCUUCCAAGUGAUGGUGCCUGGAACGAGGACUUUAGUCAAUAUCCUGUAAGUCUUCAGUCCAGAGACCGGAUAGGCACAGGAGGGCAAGUUGUGGACUGCAGUAGACUAUUUGACAAUGACCUACCUGAUGGGUGGGAAGAAAGGAGGACAGCCUCUGGAAGAAUUCAGUAUUUAAAUCAUAUUACACGAACAACACAAUGGGAGCGACCGACACGGCCAGCAUCAGAAUAUUCCAGUCCCGGUCGACCUCUAAGCUGCUUUGUGGAUGAGAACACACCUAUUACAGGAAUAAAUGGUGCAACAUGUGGACAGUCAUCUGAUCCUAGGCUAGCAGAGAGGAGAGUGCGGUCUCAGAGGCACAGGAAUUACAUGAGCAGGACCCAUCUGCAUACUCCUCCAGAUUUACCUGAAGGAUAUGAACAAAGGACUACUCAGCAAGGGCAGGUGUAUUUUCUACAUACUCAGACUGGUGUAAGUACGUGGCAUGAUCCACGAGUGCCUAGGGAUCUUAGCAACAUCAAUUGCGAAGAGCUUGGUCCUUUGCCUCCUGGAUGGGAGAUCCGAAAUACAGCAACAGGCAGGGUUUAUUUUGUCGACCAUAACAACAGAACAACGCAAUUCACAGAUCCACGACUGUCAGCUAACUUGCACUUGGUACUAAACCGUCAAAACCAACUCAAAGAUCAGCAGCACCACCAGCAGCAGCAACAGCAGCAGCAGCAAGUAGUAUCUCUGUGCCAGCUUCCAGAUGAGGCUGAAUGUCUGACUGUGCCAAGGUACAAGCGUGACCUAGUGCAGAAACUCAAGAUUUUGAGACAAGAGCUUUCCCAGCAGCAGCCCCAAGCUGGACAUUGUCGCAUAGAAGUCUCCAGGGAAGAGAUCUUUGAGGAGUCUUAUAGGCAAGUCAUGAAGAUGAGGCCUAAAGACCUGUGGAAGAGAUUGAUGAUAAAAUUUCGUGGGGAAGAAGGUCUUGAUUAUGGAGGAGUUGCCAGGGAAUGGCUCUAUUUGCUAUCCCAUGAAAUGCUGAAUCCGUAUUAUGGCCUCUUCCAAUAUUCACGUGAUGACAUCUAUACACUACAGAUAAACCCAGAUUCUGCUGUUAAUCCGGAACACUUAUCCUACUUCCACUUCGUUGGACGAAUCAUGGGAAUGGCUGUGUUUCAUGGACAUUACAUUGAUGGGGGCUUCACGUUACCGUUUUAUAAGCAGUUGCUAGGGAAGCCAAUUACAUUGGAUGACAUGGAAUUAGUUGACCCAGAUCUUCACAACAGCUUAGUAUGGAUACUUGAGAACGAUAUCACAGGAGUCUUGGACCAUACAUUCUGUGUGGAACAUAAUGCAUAUGGUGAAAUUAUACAGCAUGAACUGAAACCCAAUGGGAAAAGCAUUCCUGUCACAGAGGAGAAUAAAAAGGAAUAUGUCAGGCUUUAUGUAAACUGGCGGUUUUUGCGAGGGAUUGAAGCUCAGUUUCUGGCUCUGCAGAAGGGAUUUAAUGAAGUAAUCCCACAGCAUCUGCUGAAGACAUUUGAUGAGAAGGAGCUAGAGCUCAUCAUUUGUGGCCUCGGGAAGAUAGAUGUUAAUGACUGGAAGGCCAACACGAGGUUAAAACACUGCACGCCAGACAGCAACGUUGUAAAGUGGUUCUGGAAAGCCGUGGAGCUCUUUGAUGAAGAGAGGAGAGCCCGAUUGCUGCAGUUUGUGACUGGCUCCUCCAGAGUGCCUCUGCAGGGUUUCAAAGCAUUACAAGGUGCUGCUGGCCCAAGACUAUUUACAAUUCAUCAGAUUGAUGCUAGCACAAAUAACCUGCCAAAAGCUCACACUUGCUUCAACCGAAUAGACAUUCCUCCUUAUGAAAGCUAUGAGAAGCUAUAUGAAAAGCUGCUAACCGCCAUUGAAGAAACAUGUGGGUUUGCUGUGGAAUGAACAUUUGCAGACUUACUUGGGACUGUAUUUAUACUCCAUCAAGCAGAAAACCCUCCUCCUCAGCCAUGAUACACUAAAUGCUUGAAAUAUAGGAAACUCCCCCUUCCUUUUUUUUCUACUUUAGGACUUAAUGAGGGAAAGGGCAAUUUUUGGAAUUCUUCAUUCAAGAAAAUGUCUUGUGGCUCCUGCCAAGGAAUCAUUCAGCUGCUAUUUAAAAACUAGUAUCUUGAACACACAGAAUGCUGACUUUUCUUCAUUUCAACAGUUAAGCAGUAUUCUUCUCUUAAAAGACUACUACUAUUUUUGUAAAAGGUGAUCUGAUCUAUUUGCCUACCUGAUUUCUAUUCUCACAGGUCCAAGAUGUAGCUGUCGGUACAAGUCACGUUCCAGCCUACUUAAGAAAACAUGUGAUACUGAACAGCACCUAUACUGCUAUUUUUUUAAAUAAAAUAUUUUGAUGAUUCUAAUUUUUGCAUAAAAUUGGCUGAACAAAUCAUUAACCUUUUAAAUUAAGGCCACUUUACAUAUAAACUGUGUUUUCUUAUAGUGAAUGACUUUAUUCUGUGUUGAGUUCAACUUCAAUGUUUCUCAUGUAAGGAUUUUUAUAUUUCUCAAGCAUGAAAUACAGGUUUUGGAUCCUGUUUUUCUCUUGUCAGAUUCUUAAGCAGAGUCCUAGUCUGAGUUAACUUGCACUGCAUUUGGUACAGUACUUUGUGGUAAAUGUGGAAACCCCUUUUUAAAAAGCAUUCUAGGCAUUUAGCAUUUUUUAAAUGAGCAUUUUGUAAAAAGUCGAUACUUGAGUUUUUUUUAAUUUGCUUUCCAUUUUAAAUGGAACUGCUGCAUUUUUUAAACUCCUAAAUGUAUGUUGAUGAUAUCAACAACCUUCUGCCAGAUUGUCAGUUCAUCUUUCAAAGCUCAUACCAACCAAAGUUUUUAUGUUCAGAUGUAACCAAUCUGCAUUGUGUUUUGUUAAAUCUUAUCAGGUUAAACAUGUCUUCAUUUUUUGUGGCAUAAGAGUUUGUGUUAGCUGUAACUAAGGGGAAAGGUGAUGCAAUGGACUCAGAAAAUUGCAAAAGCUCUGCUUUGAUCUGAAAUGCAAACAUGGCGAGUUGUGACAAAUAUUGUUGGCUGGGACAUGUCGGAAGUUAUUUUUAUUGCGAUGAGAGUAAAUAUAUGCAAAAUAAUUAGAUCACAGAGGGGGUAUUCAGAUGGAACAUAAUUCACUGUCUUUGGGCGAGUGUGUGGGAUCCUCUCAGAACUAUCCCUAUGGGUUGGGCUGGUAGCUCUGCAUGGCCACAGAACACGUUCUCCAUUGUAUGUCUAUAGUUGCUGAGAACACUGCAGCUGUUCUUGCUGACUGUCUCAGUCUAGAAUUUGGUUAACAUGAAUGUGUCUCCAGUUGUGUGGCCAGAUACCUGACUGUGUGGAGGAAUCAAGUAAAGGCUGCAUGUGUGUGAACUAGCCCUUAGUUGCUCAGCCACGCAAAGAACUCUUCUAGAGAGCUGUAAGUAUAGUACAGUUGCUCAUCUUUCCACUCAGAAGCAAGGAGGCAGCAAACGUUUACAAGACGUACCGUGAUAAUGAAUCAUAAGUGAACAUCUAAAAUUGCUGCUCUCCUUUGCUAGUCAUAAAUCAUAGAGAGUGCCAAGUAUAUUGAGACAACAGGAUGGAAACUACUGGAGCAGCUUUGCUGAUCUUGGAUAUUUUGUCUGAUAUGAAAAUUGUCUUUUGUGAACUUUUACAAUAAACAAGAGUCUGAAAAUGGAGAGGAGAUCAAAUAAGCAUGGCAGUAGGAUUCAUUAGACAGCAUGUUGCCUAUUCAGACUUGAUUCAAGUGUUGAUCCUGAAGGCCUGUAGGUUGCAUGGUAACUACUGCUUAUGUUGGAUAUUCUGCAUCUUGAGAAGGAUUCUCAUUCUGGAGAAGUGAGGACAAACUAGUUUCCAUUUGCAGCAGCAGUAAUGAAAUGAAUUAUUUGAUACCCUCGCUUCAAUACAGUAGGCAAACCUAUUGGAUUAUGAAGUCAUGUUACUCAUAUGAGACUCCUCUAACAAACCAGGUGGUAGUGAUACAUGGCUGGUUUUAUGAUGUCUUGUUGAGCAUACCAAUUCUGCUGCUCAUGGACUUCAGCAGUGCUGUUCCUACUACUCCAGGGAUGCUAGAUGGUAUAGAUUUGAGACUGAUUUGGAGUGUAAACCUAGCCCCAGCAGACAGAUCUACUUCAUUGCUGCACUGUCAGGUGCUGUCCAUUCAAAGCUGCUCUGGACUUAGCUCCGCCUACUUCACUGCUCUUUCAGCUUUCAGGAAGAACACUGACUCAAUAUCUCACUACGCUUUAUGUUGACUAAAGAGCUUGUGGAAUAGUUGCUUUCAUAUACACUUGUGCUAGCAUCAUAGGGCCCCUAUGAAGAUUUUUCAGUAGAUCUCAACUUUGUGUAGAUUAUUAUACAGAUCCUUCAAAAGCUUCUUUUGGCCUGUACAUAGAUUGUUGUGGGCCUUCUUGGAGAUCCAGGUUUUGCACAAGGCCUUACUUGCUGCAUUUUCUGUAGGGAAGAGCUUUUUCCCUUCUCUGCAGAUUUAUCACUUGAUUCAAGAUAAUAGCCUUGCCCUUAUCUCGUGUAAGGCUGCAUCCAUUUGCAUCAGAUUGUGCUGAAUGUUAUGGUCUCCACUGAUGGCCUCUGCUCAUCUUGUAGCAACUGUGUUAUCUAAUAAGAUGCAGCCUAGUAACCCCAGAAAUGGAAAAUAAUUGCUAAAAGUACAGGCCCCAACGCAGAGUUGAUUUUAGAGAUGAAAGGUUUGGAGAAAGCAAAUGGAAUCCAGUCUAAUACCAAAACUUGAGUUAGAGUACUUUGGUGGUAGCUUCAUUGCCCUCCUGCUUUAAAUACUUUGUGUCCAGAGAUCCUUCCAUUGUUAUAGGGCUAAUUUUGUAAAAUCUGAAUUCUCAAUAUUCUCAGCAAAAUAAAAGCAUUUCUGCAUUUUGCUUUGACCUACACUGAGCAGAUUAAUGCAAAUUUAAUAUCGGGUCUUCUGAGUGCCUUUUUAUCUGCAAAACCAUGAAAAGCUUUAAAGCACACAACCUGCCAGAAGCUUCUCUGGACCCAUCAAGUGUAGUUCUACAGCCAUGCCACUUUCCCCUUACAUACGUGCUAAACCCAAUAUUCUGUUGGACCUUGGAUUUUUACCCCAGAAUUUAAUGUGAAUAUUUAUUUCCAACAUGUCCCUCUUCCUACAUGGUUUCUUCAUCCACUUUGAAUUUGCAUUAAAUGGUUAAGAGAAAUGCCACCUCACAGUUCCAUGCUGUUUGUUUUUCAAUAUGAAUGUUUUAAUAUGGAUAGUGACUAUUUUGUAGGGUUCAAAUAUACAGUACUCAAUUGCAUUUCAGAUUUAAUUCCUAGGUGUAAAGUUUUGUAAUGGUGCUUUGUACAGUAUGUAUACUUUCUUUUUCUUUUCUUUUUUUGCACAUAGGUUCAGUUUCCCUAAACUGAUUUUAUUAUUACCAAAAUAUUGUGUCGUACUAGAGUCCAGACCACACAGCAUUUCUCUCCCCCCACCCACAACACUACAUCUGUUAAACUUCUGGUGCAUUUAAACUGGCUGCAUUAAUGGAAGUGAGACCUGUGCUUCUAUCUGAUUCAUCGUAAUGUAGCAUGAUCUUAUUGCUUCAGACUUUAAACUGCGCCAUAUAGUUAACAGGUGCAAUUUGAUGUACUUAACACUCUUUAUUAGUAGAUUUCUGACUCUGCCAAAUUCUGAGAGCUUUGUCUGUAGCUAAAACUUGUUUGUAUUUGGUAUGAUUUUUCCCUCUUCCGUAAACUGACAGGUGGUUUUUUUAGUUGCAUUUCUAUUAUAUUUAUUGCAGAGCGUUUAGCAUUGAUAUUCAUUGUAUUUUCACCCAAGCUGUUACAUGAGCUUUAACAAAGCAUCUGUAUAAAACGUUUUUUUAAGUAUGUACCCAUGCAGAACUUGAGCAAUAAAGUUGUAUGCUGUUUGCACUGUCA